UGUUCACCUACACUUGCCCAUAUUCAGAAGCUCAAGUUUAUGGACAUUUAUUUCUCUUUCUCUCUCUCUCUCUAUUCUUGCCAAAGCACUGCUCUCAGCAGCAACCACCACCGCCACCAUCAUCAACAACAACAAACAUCAAGAAAUCUACUUCCUUUCUCCCUCUACCAUUUUUACCCUAUACCCUAACAAGCAUGCAAUUAUAUGGAGGUAUGAGAAAAAGCUAGCUUUUGCUAAAAAUGGGGUGUUUUUUUUUUUUUUAAGUGAACUUGAAAGAAGCUGACUUUAUGGCUCCAGGUUUGAUCUAAUGCUUGUUUCUUGAUUCAAAGUUGAAGAACCUCUCUCUUACAGUUGUUGGGUUAGUCUUUUUUUCUAUUAUUAUUAUUUUGGAGCAAGAGGAUAAAGAAAAUUCUCAAACUUUUUAUUUUUAUAUCAUGAAUGCUGUGAAAGAGCAGCCACAAGCAGUACGUUGGUUUUCCCUUCAACUAUAUGUGUAGUUCCUUGUUAAAGUUGGGAACUUCUCGAUCUUGGUCUUUGGUGGAUUUGGUUGGGCAGCACUAGCUUUAUAUAUGUUAUAUUGUUGGCAUUCUCUCCUGCGUUAAUUUCUUUCUGGAAAAUAUAUAUAGUCUCUUCUCUAUUGCCAUUGCUGAAUAUUCAUGGAGGCGUUUAUGACUUGUACAAAAGGAGCAUGUAAUGUUGCCUUAGUGUAGUUGUUGAUUUUUGUUAGUAAUUUAUUGCUGGUUUCAUGGAAUCCAGAAUUUUUUAUCUUGGUUUUUUAAAGCCUAACAUGCAAGUCACAAUCAAAAAGUCCUUUUCUCGCUAUGCUGUUGGUUGGUAACUAUCAAACUCUACAAGGUUGGCGGAUUUUCCUUGUAUAUUGAGGUUUGGGCUUAUGCAAUGGGAAUUUCUAGACAUUUGGUUACAGAUUUUCUUAUCUGGGUCUUCAAGGUUAGUACGUGGAAUGCUGGGACUGUUAUUCCAAUUGUGGUUCUAUCAGAUUUAUGGUGGUUAGGUUCAGGCCUUGGCUCCAUGUCUUCCAUUGCUAUUUCUUAUGGUGAGAAUGGCCCAGUUUUUUGUGGCCUAAAAUCAGAUGGAUCUCAUCUUGUGACUUGUUAUGGUUCAAAUUCUGCUAUUAUCUAUGGCACUCCAGCACAUUUCCCUUUUGUUGGCCUAUCUGCUGGUGAUGGCUUUGUUUGUGGGAUUCUGAUGGGGUCUAACCAGCCAUAUUGUUGGGGAAAUAGUGGUUAUAUUCAAAUGGGUGUUCCUCAGCCUAUGGUGAAGAAUGCUGAGUAUAUAGAAAUCAGUGCUGGUGAUUACCAUUUAUGCGGUUUACGAAAGCCAUUAACAGGCAGGCAUAGAAACUAUUCCCUUGUUGAUUGUUGGGGCUAUAACAUGACCAAGAAUUAUGUGUUUGAUGGGCAGAUUCAAUCAAUAUCAGCAGGUUCUGAGUUUAAUUGUGGGUUGUUUUCUCAGAAUAGGAGUGUUUUCUGCUGGGGUGAUGAGACUAGCAGUCGUGUCAUCAGCUUAAUUCCUAAAGAAUUGAGGUUUCAAAGGAUUGCAGCUGGUGGAUAUCACGUAUGUGGGAUUUUGGAGAUAAAUUCUAGAGCUUAUUGUUGGGGAAGAAGUUUGGACCUUGAGGAAGAGAUCUCUGUAACAUAUUCAGGACAAGGAAAUGUUGAUUUGCCUCCAAGUGAUCCUAUGCUUUCUGUUGUCGGAGGAAAGUUCCAUGCUUGUGGAAUCAAGAGCUAUGAUCAUAGGGUGAUUUGUUGGGGUUUUAUUGUAAAGCCAAGCACUCCAGCUCCUAAUGGCAUUAAGGUCUAUGAAAUUGCUGCCGGAAAUUACUUCAGUUGUGGAAUUCUUGCUGAGAAAUCUUUCCUACCUGUCUGUUGGGGUCUUGGGUUCCCUAGCUCUCUACCUCUGGCAGUCUCACCAGGACUAUGCAGAAGUACUCCUUGCGCACUAGGUUCCUAUGAAUUUAGCAAUGACAAUGCACCUUGCAAGUCACCAAGUUCUCAUGUCUGCUUGCCCUGCAGUAAUGGUUGCCCUGCUGAAAUGUAUGAGAAAACUGAAUGUACUGCGAAACUGGAUCGCCUGUGUGAUUAUAAUUGUUCUAGUUGUUAUUCAGCAGAAUGCUUCUCAAAUUGUUCUGCCUUGUAUUUUGAUGCUGCUAAAGGGAAGAAGGACAAUAAGUUUUGGUCAUUGCAAUUGCCUGUCAUCAUUGUAGAAAUCGGCUUUGCUGUGUUCUUGAUGGUUGUUGUAUCUGCAACCGCGGUUUUGUGGGUUCGCUACCGAUUGAGGAACUGCCAGUGCUCAGCAAAGGAAUCAAAGUCCAAGAGAAACAAAGGGGGUGGCGCUUCAUUUACCAAAGAUAAUGGAAAAAUACGUCCCGACUUGGAUGAGCUUAAGAUAAGGAGAGCCCAAAUGUUCAGUUAUGAGGAACUUGAAAGGGCCACAAAUGGGUUCAAAGAAGAAUCGUUAGUCGGGAAAGGAAGUUUCUCAUGUGUUUAUAAAGGAGUAAUGAAGAAUGGUACAGUUGUUGCUGUUAAAAAGGCUAUAGUUUCUUCUGAUAAGCAGAAGAACUCGAAAGAAUUCCACACUGAGCUUGAUCUACUAUCAAGAUUAAACCAUGCCCAUUUGCUCAAUCUGCUCGGCUAUUGUGAAGAAGGUGGAGAAAGGCUUCUGGUUUAUGAGUUCAUGGCUCAUGGAUCCUUGCACCAACACCUUCAUGGGAAGAACAAGGUCUUAAAGGAGCAAUUGGAUUGGGUUCGAAGGGUUACCAUUGCGGUCCAAGCAGCUCGAGGAAUUGAAUACCUGCACGGCUAUGCUUGCCCACCUGUAAUUCAUCGAGACAUCAAAUCUUCCAACAUCCUCAUUGAUGAAGAGCACAAUGCUCGAGUAGCUGAUUUUGGUCUCUCUUUGUUAGGACCAGCUGAUAGUAGCUCACCGUUAGCUGAGUUACCUGCAGGCACACUUGGUUAUCUCGAUCCUGAGUACUAUAGACUUCACUACCUUACUACCAAGUCUGAUGUUUAUAGCUUCGGUGUAAUGCUUUUGGAAAUACUUAGUGGCAGGAAGGCUAUAGAUAUGCAAUAUGAAGAGGGGAAUAUAGUUGAAUGGGCAGUUCCCUUGAUCAAAUCAGGGGACAUUUCAGCAAUCUUGGAUCCAGUUCUGAAGAAACCAUCUGAUCUUGAAGCCCUGAAAAGGAUUGCAAAUGUGGCCUGCAAGUGUGUCAGAAUGAAAGGCAAGGAAAGGCCAUCAAUGGAUAAAGUAACAACAGCUUUGGAGCGAUCCCUUGCCCAGCUGAUGGGCAGUCCAUGUAAUGAGCAACCAAUAUUGCCAACAGAGGUAGUUUUGGGAAGCAGUAGAUUGCACAAGAAAUCAUCUCAAAGAUCUUCAAACAGAUCAGCAUCAGAAACUGAUGUGGUAGAAGCUGAGGACCAAAGAUUCGAGUUUCGAGCUCCUUCAUGGAUAACUUUUCCAAGUGUUACUUCUUCUCAGAGGAGAAAGUCUUCAGUCUCAGAAGCAGAUGUUGAUGGGAAAAACUCAGAAGCAAAAAAUGUAGGCUGUGUUGCAAAUGCAGGGGAUGGAUUGAGGAGUUUGGAAGAAGAGAUUGGUCCUGCUUCUCCUCAAGAACACUUGUUCUUGCAGCAUAAUUUCUAAAAUGAUCCUGAGAAACCAUUUUGAGUUGGUGGGUUAUGUUUGUUUGAUUUUCAUUUCGUUUCCUUUCAGGAUGAAAAUGUAUAAACCAAAAAAGAGAUGUAAUUUCCUUGAUUACUAAUUAUGCUGCCACUGCCAACUACUAGUAUAACUAAUGCCCCUUUAUUUCUUUUU